AUGCUAAGACACUCCAAAAAUUCCGGUACAAACUCAAGUGUAGAUACUAAGAAAAGACAAUCCAUGCAUUUAGGAUCCAAAACUUCGUUGAUGUCACUGUCUAACGAAUUUUAUCAUGGGCUUUCGAAGACGAAGCAAAAAAAGCAAGAGGACAGCCCUCCUUCUUCGUCUUCAUUUACAACACUGAACAAAAGAAGGUCUAGUCAGUCAAAAUUGAAAAGAAGUAGUCUGCUGUUGGAUGAAACACUUCUCAAGGACUAUCAUUCAGCCAUGAAACACAUGCAGACGAACGCUGCAAAAGAAGAGAAGCUGCGGUCGGCUCCAUCCCCAACGCAGUCGACGAGGAGUGAGUCAGACGCCAGUCUCUCUUCCAGCAAGAGUUCGAUUUCUUCAAUUUUUUCUUACGAUAAGGACUAUUCCAUUCACGAUUUGCUAUACGAGGAUAUCGAGGAGAUGGAUAGAACAACCAACGCCUUCAAAGUCAAUAAUACAAUAGCAAUGGACGAGUCGAAAGCGCUUUUCGUAUUUUGUUCAAACGAGUCCUUUGUAAAGAUAGCGCCUACUGACGCGCUGCACGAGCUAAAGUUGGACACCUCAGAUACACGUUCCAAUAGGAGAACAUCGUUGGAUUUUUUUUAA